AUGGAAUCUGCCACACCAUGGUUGAGCAAUGGAAUCGAAACGUUGUCUCGCACAACACCCGCAGAUUCAUGCCUAGCAACGCCUGCCCCGAGCGCGCGAUCGGAAUCACCAAUUCAAGACCCGGACCACCAAUAUCUUUGGCGCCGUUUCCCCGAUCACAUUUGGUCACAACGUGUACGAGACACUUCCUCUUGGGUAUGGGACUUUGGUUUUGAUAUCCAGGGUGCCAAUGGUAAUCGUCGGUGGGUCUGCAAACGUUGCAUCCAAAGCAGGCGUCCAAUACCCAGGAGCUUUGCGGAAAAGGGCAUUCAGAACGCGAAUGCUCAUCUGUUCAAGGAUCACAGAAUAUGCGCACCCGGCGAGGCGACAAAAUCGUCGGCUCAAAAACAAGCAGAAAAGGUAAGGAACAGGGACCAGAGGUCUAUUGCUGAUGUGAUGAAACUCGAUACAAGGCUCCCACGCGAGCAAGACAUUGCGAAUAAGCUCGUUCAAGGCUUCGACCGGAAGUACUUCCAACGACUUCUACUCGAAUGGAUCAUUGAGGAGAAUCACUCUUUUACUGUUUGUGAACAAGGAAGACUGCGAAGAAUAUUCGAAUAUCUCAAUCCCCUUGUGAAGAUAACCGACGCCAACAUUACGAGGCCGACUAUUCGCCGGAAAGUUCUCUCGGCCUACGAAACACAUAAAAGUAAGGUUGCAGAGGUUUUGCGGCAGUCAUCGGGCCUGAUUCAUGUCUCAUUUGACGGAUGGAAGUCAGGGAAUAGACACAGUCUGUACGGAGUUGCUUGCUUCUUUCGGGACGAGAACAGUCAGCCGCGAAAGCUAGUGCUUGGCGUCCCUGAGCUGCGAACGCGCCAUUUUGGGCACAAUAUUGCGGCAGAAAUACUUGACGUCCUUGACGCGUAUGGAAUUAAGGAUAGGGUUGGGUACUUCACAUUAGAUAAUGCAGAGAGCAAUGACAAAGCGAUGGAAGUAAUUAGUGGCGAGCUUGGCUUCAUGGGAUCGACGAGGCGUGGCCGCUGUUUCGGCCACACUCUAAACCUCUCCGCGAAAGCUCUUCUUUUUGGCCACAACGUUGAGGCGUUUGAAGAGCAGCUGUCAGGUGCAGCAGCCUUAUCUGAGGCAGAGCACACGCUUUGGCGGCGCAAGGGACCCGUCGGAAAGUUGCACAAUCUAGUCGUAGAUAUUAGGAGGUCGGAUCAGCUUACUUACCUCCUGUGA